GAGCUCUGGGCCCCGCUCGUCGACGAGCGCGAGAUCUGCGUCACGCGCUGGAUGGACUUCCACAGACGCAGGGGGCUGUGGAAGGGGAGGGAGGUGGACGUGCUCAUGGACGGGUGCGACGAGGAGGGCGCGAGGGCGGUGGGCGAGGUGACGGACGCGUAUUGGCGGAUGAGGGGCACGGGGUGUACGUUCGAAGUCCUCGGACAUGUGACGCGCCAUGGACGCGUCGUCGGGCUCAUGACGGAGCGCAUCCAGGGUCGCCCGCCGCGGUACGAAGACAGGCAGAAGGUCUACGCCGCCGUCGCCAAGCUCCAGCGGCACGGUCUGCUGCACACCCAGCUCGAUCACGACACGAUCGUCAUCUCCCCCUCCGGCCACGUCCGGUUCGUC